AUGGGACAUAUUGCUCCUUUGAUUGAACCCAGAGAGGGCUAUGUCGAGAACGCCGACGGUGUUCGUUGUAUGGUGGUGGUAGACCCUAAAACACGGAAAUUGUUAAUUCCAGAGAAUUAUGUGUUACCCACACGUGCCCAACAACGCACCACUAUUCCAAGUCUCUGUCAACUCUUCGUGGAGAAUCGCUGCCGCUUCGGUUCGCAGUGCCAUCAAGUUCACGCCGAUCUCACCGUGGUGAAUGAACUGCGUAAUCAAGUGAAGAGUCUUCCCCAGUGCUGCACCCUGCACGGCGAUGAGGAUAUUGGUGGUGUGAUGCAAGAAGGAUCGUGGCUCUCCAACGUGGUGGUGCACAUCCCUGAAAGUACAUAUGAAGGCGGAUAUAUUCCGCUCAGUCGUGUGGGGUACACCGUCCCGUUGGCAAGGAUGCUGAAUGAACUUCCUAUUGAGGCCUUCCGUCCUUUGAAUCCAUAUGAACAGACAUCCGAGGAUGGACGUCCACCACGUGUGGUGCUGGAGGCGGAUACGAUUCCCAUUUGCCGACUUCACAGCACAUCGCGUUGCAGUUACGCGGAGGAGUGUAACUUUUUGCAUCUUUGCAAGGAAGUCGUGGAACACGAUGCGGAUCUUCCCUUGGGACGCCGAUCUGGCUGCAGAGCCACACAAAGGACACGAAGCUUUUGCGUGGCUGAGCAGUCCACCACUUCCCACAUGCUCUCGUCUCUCUCCAUGUCGUCCUCCAACAUCUUUGGCCCCUCGCCGCAUGGACGCUCGACGUCUGUGCGGGGCUUUCCGCUCGUGCAGCGGGCCGGCGAGGGGUGGCGGAGCCCGGCGGGGAAUUCCUUCUCCUUCAGCGGCGACGCGCUCUCGUGGGUGGCCGGCCACUCCUCCACCUCCAGCACCUUUGGCUAUCCCCGGGAGGUGACCAUGCGGGACCGACUCCCCAUCGCCGCGGCUUCGCUCUCCUCCUCCUCCCCCGCCACUGCCACUGCGGCAAACAACAGCAAUAAUAACAACACGACGACGACGACGACGGCAUCGGCAGCGCGAUCACUCUACUCCCCCAUUCCCGCGGGAUUCGAGCGGCGGAAGAUCACUGUGGAGCUCGAGCCGCAUCCCUUCCCGUCGCUCUUGGGCGAACUGGACCCCCCCGCGCAGGUGGACGGCGCCGGCGACUCCCGCCACAGUGGAAGUGGACUGCACGCCUCGCCCAUUUCCGUUCGGACGGUCUUUUCGGAUUCGUUGGGGGCGCCCAGUCGCGAUGAGGGCGCGAGCACGUCGUCGAGUGGAGUGUCCGCCACCCACCGCUGCCGCACUGCAGGGAAGUGGAGGCACAACCCAUACGACAACACUAUUUUGAGGGUUUCUGUCUAA